CCGGUCGGGUAAAACGGCAGCAAACUUCGGUCGGCAUUCGUAUACGGAUUUGUAAUUUCGUUGUCACUUGGAAAGAUUGUGGUUGUUAAAUCUGUGUUACGAAAAAAGACAACCUGCUGGAUUUAUAGUUAGUAAUCGCUGGCUGAUCGCUUAUGAAGCCGUUUCCUAUUCACAAUCAUCAGCAUCAUCGUCAUCGAUCAACAGCAAAAAUCGUCCAUCUUUGAAUAGUCGCCUGCUGCUUUUUUCGAUCACCAGUUUGCGUUCGCGUUCACAUUCGCAUUCGUACGCCAUAAAGUGCUGAAGAAGGAUACUCUCGUCUCGGAGUGAAAGCGUAUAAUUGAGUGUGUGCGAAGGAAGAGUGGUUUAGGGAAAAUUUUAGUUUCCCCCGUUGUGCAGUUACAUUUUGUGCGAAAUCAUCCUGCUCGUUGCCAGACGAUAAUUCACCAGCGAAAAUAGGAAGAAAGUGUUCAACGUGGUAGGAGCAGCUCAGAGAAUCGCCAGCGAAAAUGAGCUGCCCAAUGCCCGAAAUUGGUUCCUGCAUAUCGCUGAUCUCGAAAGCAGACAUCCGUUAUGAAGGAUUGCUAUUUACCGUGGACCCGGAUCGUUGUACUAUCGCUCUAGCAAGAGUAAAAUCCUAUGGCACGGAAGAUCGCGAAACGCAGUUUCCCAUCGCCCCGCAGAACCAAUGCUACGACUACAUCCUGUUCCGCGGGUCCGACAUCAAGGACAUUCGCGUCAUCAACAACAACCCGGUUCCGAACGAUCCGGCCAUAAUGCAGAUGCAUUUGCCACCGCAGCAGCCGCUUCCACCGAUGCAGAACAAACUUGGCCAGCCUGGUUUCCAGUCUCAGCCUGGAUUUAUGCUACCCCAGAUGGGGCCCGGUCCGAUGGCUGGACCCCCUCCAGGACAUCAGCCAAUGGGUCAGCCGUACAGUUCCUUCGGUGGAAUCAACAAUCUCGGAGGUAUGCUAUCGAACGAUUUGGUUAAUAAAAGUCCUUUCCCACCCGGGGGACCGGUCAAUCAAAUGCAGCAACAGCAGCAGCAGGCACAACAGCAACUACAGGGUCCAAAUCCGGUUGGUAGUUCAGUUGUGUCCGGGGGAGGAUCUGCAAAAGCUCCCGGUGCCGAACUGGCAAACCUGCUAAACGUAGAAUCUUCACUGCAGCAGCAGCCACAGCCACCGCUACCGGGCACCAUUGGGUCGGCACCCGUGGGAUCCUCGUCAUCGUCGGCGACCGUCGGUAACGAGCACAAAGAUCAAGCAUCUGUUUUAGAUUUGAUUGGUGGAGGCGGAGGAGGUGGAGCGACCGGCUCACGUUCCACUACACCGAGUAAUCUGUUGUCGCGCAAGAGUCCAACGGUGGACAUGGGUGUUCAGACGAAUCAACAACAACAACAGCAGCAACAACAACAGCAGGGCGGUGGCCCACAACAAAACAACAAUCGUGAUGGAAAUCGUAGCGGUGGUGACGGUGGCAAUAUGGACCGUGGCAAUAAUCAACGCAAUCGGAACAAUAGCCAACGAAACAAUAACAACAACAACCAACGAGAAAGACGUGAUUCGGGCAAAAACGAUGUCGGUCAGAUGAAGGAUAACAAUUACAACAAGAAUAUGCAGCGGCAAGGUGGUCAAAAUCAUCAAAACCGUGGAUGGAACAACAAUCGUAGCAAUAACCAGAAUAACAGCAAUAAUAUGCGUGGUCGUCCUCGCGGACGUGGAGGUAUACCACAGAAGAGUUCCAGCGACAACUAUCGCCGAAAGAGUGCUACACCUAGUGAUAACAAUAGCAAUAAGAAGCCGCCCAAAAAUGCCAAUCCCACUAACAAGAAGCCUAAUCAUAAUCACAAACAGGGUCUCAAUCGUGCGAAGAAUCUGCUCAAGUUCGAGAAUGACUAUGACUUCGAGCAGGCCAACAACAAGUUCGAGGAGUUGCGUUCCCAGCUGUCAAAACUAAAGGUGGGCGAUGAUGUGAAGCCAGAGCAGCUGAACAGCGAAACCAUUGACAAGAAGGACGACUCCGGCAACGAGACUGGCGCCGGUGAUCACGAACAGGAGGAGGACGAAGUCGUUUGCUACGAUAAAGCCAAGUCGUUCUUCGAUACGAUUUCAUGCGAGGCGAUCGAACGUGCCAAGGGCAAACAGCAGCGAACGGAUUGGCGACAGGAGCGCAAGCUAAACACCGAGACGUUUGGCGUCGGUUCCACCAGACGUGGAGGCUACAACAGACGCGGCGGUUACUACAACCGCGGACCAAACAACUAUCGUGGCAACAACCAAUAUCGCAACAACUACCGGGGACGCAGCGGUAACCGCAACAACAACCAAUCCAAUGGUCUUCCUCAUAACAACGGUGGUCCUCGCAACCACAACAACCACCAUUCGCAACAAGAGCCGCAGCAGCCACAGCAGCAACGCUUGCAAUCACCUCAACCCCCGCAGCAGCAACCUGCUCCAAUUGAGGUCGCAGCAGGCAAAUAAUGCUACUCAACAUUUAAAGAUUCAAGUUUACUUUUAAAAAGCUGACCAGAGUUCCGUUAAGCUUAUCACCAAAAAUACGAGAAAUCAAAACAAGAUGAAAAAAAUUACAGUAGAUUCCUGUUGCAAAGUUUGUUAACAGAAAAAAAUACGUUGCUUAUUCUACGGCGGUUUUCCAGCGUUAUCCCCUUUAGCCUCCCAUCAGCGAAAACAUCGAAAGCAGAAUUGUAUCGAAUCGAGCGGUUUUUUGAGAGAAUGCGUAAGGCAGUACUGAAUGGAAUGAAAACACAAACGAAAGACAGUUGAAAAUCACAAUCAGGAUUAUUCUCCUAAUACGCUAAUUUGCAGGCCGCGGAGAGUGAUCAUUUUGAUUGACAAUUGUUAGGCACUCUAUCUUAUACGUGUUUUGCAACAAAAAACGAGGACAACGUGGAACGUAUGUCCCCACAACCCCACAAAGCGAAACUAGUAAAACUAGAGGAGUGCUUGGCGAACCGGGAAACAAAACCCCAACCAUAAACGGAAUCGCUUUCUUUCCCGUCGAUUCUAAAUGCUGAUAAUCUAACAAAAAAAAGAUUGUAGAACUCAUAGAUGAUGUUCGUUUUUUUCUAUUGCUGGCAACAGAAAAUCUUACCCCCGGCGGAGGCGACAGUUGGCGGAUGUCUUGAAACUGGGCACAUCAAGUCUAGAGCCUAGGAAGGAGAAGAAGAAGAAGAAGAAGGAAGGAAGGUGACGUAUUUUUGGUUACGUUAGCCAGUGUGAUUAUUGAAGAGUACACUCAGGCGUAAGAAGAGUAAGAGUAUUUAGAGGUCUGAAGUUUUUAUAAUUUCAACCGCAGUGAAGCAGAUAGGUAGCACGGAACCAAACGCAGGAACAAAAGGAAUCGACACUUUGUUUUUGAAGUAGAAGUGAAGGUGAACGAACACCUCAUAUGUGGGAAAUUUGAAUAUUCAUGUAGCUAUUAUUGGAGAAGCCACAGAAACUUAUACUAAAUUAUACUCCCCUCGCGGCAGAGGAGAUAAAAGUGUGAAGAUAUAUUGGACGGAAGGAAUGGAGUGGAACAGUAAGAAUUUUGUAUUUAAACAUUGCUAGAUUUGGAAGAUUGAGAGAGAAAUUUGCGAAGCGAUAUAGAACCACGAAAUGAGAUGGGAGAUGAAAUAGAAGAGUUUCAGCGAGAAGUUUACCAAGAUUGGAGGAAUUCAGGAAACGAUUAGAAUUGAAAAUGUUCUUCAAUUGUGUAAGAUAGAGUACUUAGCAAUGAAGUUUUUUUUGUUAAUAUUUCAUAUCUAAUUAGUUUUUUUGCUAUCCCCAUUUCUUUUAAUUUUAAUUAUUUUUUAACAUAACCAAAAUGCAUGUGUUUCCUGAGGAUCGAAGAAAUUCUGGAAAAGGUUUUUCUUCCUAUUGAAUUAGUUCCAGAUAUAUUAACCUCUCACGUCAACCACUAAUUUCUCGCGACCAUUGCAUCAACCAAUUGAAUGUUAUAUCAACAGGUAUACCCGUAAUCUCGCAUAGCAUUUCGAUGGAAAAAUUGUAGGAUAUUGGAAAAAGAUUUGUAAUAAUUAUGAUUAUGAUAAUAAUAUUGAAUAAUUAUAAAUAUUAUAUGUAGCUGAAGAAACCAGAGAGAUAAAUUAUUUCAUGCAAACUUAAAGCUGAGUAACAGAACAGAUGAAACAAUACAUUGAAGAAGAAAAAAAACAGUCCCUUUUCAUGAACUCCUACUACGUAUAAAAUAGAAAAUAGAUACUAGCUAAAUCGUGCAUUGACGUAGACGUUAAGGGAGCAAACAGCAAACGAACUUCAUUAACUAUUAGUUUGUAAAUCGCGUUCGUAAGCAAAGGUGUUAUCCAAGGUAACUCAUGCACGCAUGUGUGAGUGUGUGUGUGUGCGUUUAUAAGGAUUGGUAGUACAACAUAAUGCUGGCUAAAAUUUCCGGAUCGCCCCCCCUUUCGAAUGGGCUCCUUACUGCUGUCGCGGGUGAUUUCCGGAAUGAUUCAAUGAAAUAAUGGGAAUGUCACAAAGCUAAGGAUCCAGUAAAUGGAAGAAGAAGGUAAAAAUGUCAGUUAAGAGAGAAACGAGGCGAACUUUUUUUUCUGAUUUAGGAAAAAUGAACAAAACGCAGAUACCUAUUAACUAAAUAUAUAAGAAGUUUGUAACGAAAAGUGGGUUUUUACUAAAUGCGAGAUCAGUACGGCGAUUUGCGAGAUAUGUGGACAGGAAUUAACAUUUUUCCGUGCUAGUUUUCUAGACUGUUGGCGUGUGUGGAAGUGAGUGAGUGAUGGAUGAAUUUCGGAAAAGAAAGAAGCCAGAACCUACGAUAGAUCACAAUUGGAAUAGUGGAACGACCGGCUUCCAAUUGCCAAUGACGUUCAAGCCAAAACCACAUGCUUUCGUUUUGUGCUUGAAAAUUUAGAGCAACUUUUGUUACGGUUGCGUAAUGCACAACAGAAAACGAAAAAAAAAAUAGUUGUCUCAUUCGCAGUGUGGUCCAGUGGUCGUUUUAUGAUCCGAUUCCCUAAUUCCUGAAUUUUGUACGAAGACACUAUUUUAAUAAUAAUAAAAGCAGCAUGCAUAUAAACAUCCACCUCCUUCAGUAGAAAGCAAUCGAGUUAGUGUGGGGGUUCCAAGGUAAAAUCGUGAUGUAGAUGUACAACGUACACAUAUAAUAUUAAGUAUUGAGUCAAAAUAGAACCACAAAGACUUUCUUAAACAUCAAAUUUGUUUCAUGUACAGACAAAAUGUAAGACAGAGCAAAGCCAAAUUCGGUCCAAUGUGUGUAGGAGAUGAAACAGUUGUAGUAACGUUUUAGCAUCCAAAACUAACAAUAGCAAGAUAAAGCAUAAUGAAUCCUGGUAACCAAUGCCUUUCGUCUGACGAAAUCGCGCAUUCUAUAUGAUCCAAUGACCGGCCAAAGUGAAGGGCAGUGGAGAUACGUAUUUUAUAUUUUUAAUCAAAGAAGAAAUAGCUGUUUGGGGUCUAUAUUCCAUAAAUUUAGAAACACUAACCCUUGUGUUAAACUAAAAAAAAAGCUUGAUAUGCUUAGUGCAUAUCCACCUUUUUUUUAAUAUUUUUUUUUAGUAUCACAAACAUACACAGAGUUGCGAUCCCUUGGAAGUAUGGAUCCUGUGCCGCUGGAGGUGAUAUUAUUUAAAAGAAAUAACAUUGGAAAACUGUGGGUACAAUGGACAUGAGUCGCUUGUCUGGCGCGAAAGAUAAACUAGAAUAGUUUUUCAUGAGAGGGGGAGGCGGCCCGUUUGGCAUAAAGCCAUUUGACACAAUAACGAGAUGAGUCGGCUACCGAUCUGCCGUCGAAAGUGGCGGUCCCUCGAAUACAAACCUGUAAUCCAUCCAUUUGUCCAGUUUUCCUCAAAGCUAAGAGCCAUCCCUCAGUUGAGUUCAAACCCGCCGUUUUGAUUUCAUUGCGAAGACGAGUUUGCUCGGUCUAAUGCACAGCUAGAACACUCACUGGCAAAUAAUUAUUUGCAUAAUUAACAAAUGUAUACUUUCUCAUUUAUCAAUGACAUUGAAAUACACCGAAUUCUUAUUGUCGACAAGUAUUCCUAUUUUUUUCGAUUUAGUGUCAAACGAUGAUUAUCUAUUAUACCACAUGAUUUUCUGCCAAAUAGCCGUUUUGCAAAGAUAUUCAUUAUCCACAGAGGAAAUCAUAGGCGGCAUACUUUUUUUACGAGCAUGGCGCUCCCAGUCGAUUACGCAACGAUAUUCGUACAUACAAGUGGGUGAAAAAAUAUCAUACUCGUGCGCGCGAAAUUGGCAGCACUGCACGAAGCUGACAUGGUCUGCAUUAUGCCAAAAAUUCAUCAUACUGAAUGACGUUAUCCCAAAUGGCUUCAUGUUAAACAGAGUAGACUCCUUCAUGAUGCCCUUAGUUGUAUAUAUUAGAAGGUCUAAAUUUGACAGUAUACCCGCGAUCCUUCUUGCGCAUUUGGAACAGACCCUCUUUUAGUUUUUUUUUUAUUUUGUUUCAUCUAUCUGUCAGAUAGUAAGCCAUAAAUCUCACAGUUAUCAUUUUCAGUUCACUUUUGUUCUAUUGUCCCAUGUCGUGUCGAAAUUCUUGACGUGUCCGUUUUAACCAGAGUUUAUCGAUGUUUAUCAUUGCUAGCACAACAUAGAACACUAUCUCUCAAAACUGGGUCCUACAGUAAAAAUAAUCCAUUUUUACUUCAACAGUGGAUAUGAUAAUCAACAGGGUCUGAUAGAGCAUCUUUGACUGAAGAAUUGGAAACAGUUCUGUGUACUACUACGAAAGAAGGUUUCUGAACAAGUUUUGUAUAAUCUUUUUUUUUCUUUGCAUUAUGUUUUUAGCAGUUAUACAUACUCAUUUACAAUUUCCGUUGUGCAAUGUUUGGAAUACAUUUCGAAUUGCUAAGAAAAUGGAUAGCAGCUUCCAAAUGUUAGUUUGUAGCUAUACUGGAUGCUAUUUUUAAUUUAUUAUUCAAAAAUUCUAAAAAUUGCCUCGUAAUGUUGCAAAAUAUAUCGAACCAUAGGUUUUAAUUGAAAGCCGUUAAAACAAAGUUAUCAACAUUGUUUACUUUUCCAACAUUAGCACAGUGCCGUUUUCAAGCACUUGAUAUCCAUCCAUAAAAUCAAUUUCUCUCUCAGCUAGUUCACAAUCGAUUUAGAAAAUAGUCACUGACACGCAGGGCUAGGGAUUGCGUACCAUUCGUGAAUGAACGAAGCAACAAAAAUUAUCUGCUCAAAACACCUUGCUAGACGACGAGACAUGCGCUAAUGAGAACAUCCCGUUCUCUAGCUUAGUAAUUUCACUAUGCUUUCUGCGGCUGUGGCAUAACAAUAACACAUUGCAAGCACCAGAGAGCGUUAAUAUUGACUGCUCUUUAGAUCGAAUCGAGCAUUGGUAAGUGAGAAACAAAAAAAUAUUUGUUUUAAAAAAUUCAAAGCCCUGCAAAACCACAGCAUAGCAAAUAAAACGGAUGGUUGUUCCUGGCAUAUAUGUGAAUAGCAAAACGCUUUGUUUCGGUUUUGUUUUUAAAUUUGAUCAAUGAAAACAAAAACAUCUUGAGAAGAUCUAGUUUAACGAAAUCCAACAGAAUAUUAUAAAGCUCGGUGGUAUUCCGGAGAGGAGGGUUUUCAUAUUUCCUUCUAUGAUGAAGUUGAUGUGUGCUCUUAGGCAUUAUA